UGAAAAAAAAACGAUUGAAUGAAUCGGCUGCUGACCUUUCGUAACUGUCAAAUGCGGAAAUUGGCUAAUUCCACCGUAAAUACAUUUUUCUACAGAAAUGUCUAAUAUUAAGAUUAAUAAGUGACUAAACCGCCGUAGCUGUGAACAACUGUGAUAUAAGUAAUACGAAUAAAGUGCUGUUAUGUAUAGAGUUUAAAUCGUUAGUGUGAAAGCCGUUUGGGCGUUUUGUUAUUUUUCUGCUUUAGUACGAGUUAAAAAUGGAAAAGAACGAGGAGUAUCACGAUCCGGAUUACCCGGAGGCCUCGGUGCAGGUGAAGGUAGAGGUUGACAGCUUGACAGAGGAGGAAAAAGAAGAGAAGACAAGAAGCAUAAUCCAGAGGGAGUUUAAGAAUGAAAUCGAUGUUCGUGAGGACGAAGUAAUGCUGGCGGAUCAGCGCAUGGCCACGGCACGCAGGAUGCUGCACCGGCUCCGCUGCGUGCUGGUCUCCCGGUACUAUCGUGACAAGAAGCUGCAACUGCCUGAAGAACCUGAGGUAGGUAGAGGCAGUCGUGGCUCACUCCGCGAUUUCGUCUUGUCGCAACAAGUACCUACAAGUACAUCUUCGUCAUCACUGCGCAGCGGGCAGCGCCGCUUGCACCCGUCCGUGAGGAAGCUCCUCGGUAAGACCACGGCCGACAUGGAGGACAUCUUCAGACCGCUGGCCACCAGGAACAAGAGGAGGGAUUACUCUGCAAUGUUACAAGCCCGCAACUACACGAUCCAAGCCGACGGCUCCAGCUCGCUGCGUCCCGAGGAGCCCGAGCCAGCGGAGCCCGACCCCAAGCCCACCAAGAUGCCGCGACACAUCGAACCGAGACCCGAGAACGUACUGACACUAUACGAGGUUACGAGAAACAAGAUGAAACACCGCUAUAGGAUCAUUAUUGGAAACACAUCAAAAUACGCCCCGGCGGCGUCGACCAUGGACCGCUCCACCCACAAAUGGUUGCUCUACGUCCGCGGACCCACGGGCCAUGACGCGUCCAAGCUGUUACGAGCCGUGGUUGUGACGCUGCAUCAUUCGUACGCGCCGCACCACAUAGUGCAUAUAGAUAAACCACCGUACCACAUAUCGCGGCGCGGCUGGGGCGAGUUCCCCGCGAGAGUGGAGCUGCACUUCAAGCUGCCUGAAAGGAACCGGCCGGCCACCGUGGAACACACCAUCAAGCUGGACAGGCACUACACUGGACUGCAGACACUAGGUGCAGAAACACUAGUAGACGUCUGGCUCUACAGCACCCCGGACAUGCUGGAAUGCGAGUACAAGGAGGAACAAGAUGCCCUGCCGGAACCCGCUCCGGUGCCCAAACAAGAACCCGCGGAACCCGAGCCGGAGCCACCAGCCCCAGACAGCUGGCUCGACUUCUUCACGGAGAACACCAAGCUGGAUGUCGAUGAGAUGAUCAUUAAACCGGAGAAGAAGCAGGACAACCAUAUAGAAAACCACCUGGACUUAGACAACCACAUAGAGCAACAUCUGGACCUGGAGCCGAAAGACAUCAAACCAAACAUUUUCGACCUCGAAAACACCAUUAAAAUGGAAAACGACCAAGUGGACUGGUCGCUCGACAAAACUGUAGAAAACCCUGCGGAGACCAUACCUAACGAAAUACUGAACCAGCCCGCGUCACCCAAGAAACGAAUAAUGAAAUAUCUAGACCCGAAAACAGGGAAAAUAUAUUACCUAGAAAUGGACAGGAACUUAGACUUAAGCAAAGUGCAGGAAAUAGUAAUCAACUCGAAAGGAAACAUGAAAACGGCGAAAUUGAGUCCCGUAAAGCAGAACGGAGUGAAAAAAGUAAAAAAAGGCGUUUCAUUAUUGAAGCCGGAAGUUAAAAACUUGAUAAAUAACAAGGAAAAGUUAAAGAAAAGCUUCACACAUAUACAGAACGAUCAUUGUUACUUGGGAGUGACGUGGGCGAAGAGUAUAACUUUCAGUGCUCCGGACAAAGUGUUAGUGAAAAGAGAAAGUAAUCUAUACGACAGUUUGUGUGCGUGUGUGAGUAGGUUUACGUGUGUGCGUGUGGCGGUGAAUUAUCUGCUGCGGAAAGUGCCGAUAGUGACGGAGUUGGCGAGAGACCCGGAGUUUAGGAAGUGCUUUCCAUUUGCGGUGGACAGCGAUGAGCGGUUUUGGAAGAUGGAUUUUGCUAAGCGGAGAAAUAAAGAGUGGUCAAGAGCAAAGCUAAUCAACACAAUCCUCUUGGAACACCUUCGCACCACCGAACCCAUCUGGCGCACCAAGCAGAUCCUCAUCUUCUCCCGGCUUCAUGGCUACCAGCCCGUCCGGAGAGACAGCUUCCCCACCGACUACUGGGACAGCACGGAGAUCACCACGGACCCGGCCACCAUUAGUGCGUUCAACCCGGAGGACUUCAAUAACAGUUUGACGGACACUGUGGAUGUGUCGGACGAUGAGGAUGUUGAGGUAUAUAGUUUCACCGACUACUGGGACAGCACGGAGAUCACCACAGACCCGGCCACCAUUAGUGUGUUCAACCCGGAGGACUUCAAUAAGAGUUUGACGGACACUGUGGAUGUGUCGGACGAUGAGGAUGUUGAGGUAUAUAGUUUCACCGACUACUGGGACAGCACGGAGAUCACCACAGACCCGGCCACCAUUAGUGUGUUCAACCCGGAGGACUUCAAUAACAGUUUGACGGACACUGUGGAUGUGUCGGACGAUGAGGAUGUUGAGGUAUAUAGUUUCACCGACUACUGGGACAGCACGGAGAUCACCACAGACCCGGCCACCAUUAGUGUGUUCAACCCGGAGGACUUCAAUAACAGUUUGACGGACACUGUGGAUGUGUCGGACGAUGAGGAUGUUGAGGUAUAUAGUUUCACCGACUACUGGGACAGCACGGAGAUCACCACAGACCCGGCCACCAUUAGUGUGUUCAACCCGGAGGACUUCAAUAAGAGUUUGACGGACACUGUGGAUGUGUCGGACGAUGAGGAUGUUGAGGUAUAUAGUUUCACCGACUACUGGGACAGCACGGAGAUCACCACAGACCCGGCCACCAUUAGUGUGUUCAACCCGGAGGACUCCAAUAAGAGUUUGACGGAUACAGUGGAUGUGUCGGACGAUGAAGAUGUUGAGCUUCACCGACUACUGGGUAGCACAGAGAUCACCACGGACCCGGCCACCAUUAGUGUGUUCAACCUGGAGGACUUCAAUAACAGUUUGACGGACACUGUGGAUGUGUCGGACGAUGAAGAUGUUGAGGUUUAUAGCUUCACUGACUACUGGGACAGCACGGAGAUCACCACAGACCCGGCCACCAUUAGUGCGUUCAACCCGGAGGACUUCAAUAAGAGUUUGACGGACACUGUGGAUGUGUCGGACGAUGAGGAUGUUGAGGUUUGUAUAACUUUACAUUUGUCUAAAUCACUAUUAAAUAGUUUCACCGACUACUGGGACAGCACGGAGAUCACCACAGACCCGGCCACCAUUAGUGCGUUCAACCCGGAGGACUUCAAUAAGAGUUUGACGGACACUGUGGAUGUGUCGGACGAUGAGGAUGUUGAGGUUUACAGCUUCACCGACUACUGGGACAGCACGGAGAUCACCACAGACCCGGCCACCAUUAGUGCGUUCAACCCGGAGGACUUCAAUAAGAGUUUGACGGACACUGUGGAUGUGUCGGACGAUGAGGAUGUUGAGGUAUAUAGUUUCACCGACUACUGGGACAGCACGGAGAUCACCACAGACCCGGCCACCAUUAGUGUGUUCAACCCGGAGGACUUCAAUAACAGUUUGACGGAUACAGUGGAUGUGUCGGACGAUGAAGAUGUUGAGGUGGUAGGCGAGGUGCCGUCUCGUGUGGGUGUGGGGAAAGAGGAACCGUCGGGCCUCUCCGUCAUGCCGGUGGCGAGGGAGGAGGACAGACUGCGGUUCCUGUUCCUGGAGCGGACGUGCGCGGACAUAGGCGUGGAGUUGAGGAACGAAGAUGUCGGGAACGGGUACUCUUAUAGCGCGGUGCAUGCCGUGCUGUUGUCAGCGCUGCGGAACUUCGCCGAGGAGUUGACCCGGAGCUCCCUGGCGGCCGCCGUGCUGCAGGCCAGCGCGCCGCCGCCCGACCAGGGGCCCGCCGUGUGGACCGGCUGGGCGACGGGCACGGCCGUGCCGCCGCGCUGCGUGGCGCUCGGCGCCGCGCGGGCGCGACUAGCGGCCGUCACCAACCGGGACUGCGGGGCCUCCAGGAAACAUGCCGACGAGCAAUUAUAA